AUUAAAGGUAUUAAAUCUUGAUUAAUAAGGUUUUAGGAUUACCUAUUUUAUUUGAAAGAUUAAGCUUGCAUACAUGAAUUGCACGUACUUCGAUGAUAUGAUUAUUAGAGGGUUCAAAAUCAACGAUUGAAUUAGUAACCAUAAAUUUAUUUAUAAUUUCAAACAAAUAACUAGUACGUACUGAUUACUAAUAAAAUCACCAUGACUCUACUAGCAUUUCGAAUGUGAUAACUAUAGCAUUUCGAAUGUCAUAAUUACACCCAACUAAAUUUUCUAAUAGGACAAAAAAAAUUGAUCUACUCAGUCCAUUGUUCUGACAGAUUCGAAGUUGUGUUAAAGUAUUUUAUCCAACGAUUUUCUUGUACGAGAAAAGAGCUUCCCCCUACUCAACAAUAUUUCCUGAAAAUCUUUCCCCCUACUCAACAAUAUUUCCUCAACAAUAUUUUGUUAAACUCAACAAUGGAGUACGGUGAAAAACAAGCUCCCAAUUCAGCCACCUCGAGUAGGAAGCGAUGCCUACCUAAAGCCACAGUACUCCACCCAUUCUCCCCCAUCAUGUAUUUUAAACCUUUUACCCCAAAACCGUCACCCAAGCUUGAUUUUAACAAAAUCACGUAUUACACCAACCAAAAAGACUUAAACGAGGGCAAAAAAAUUGAUGAUGCUGUUAUUCGUAAGGAGCUAGCUAUGAAUGAUGUACAGCGUUACGCGAAUUCUACUGUUAUGAGGAUGAUGAUGCUACCGGGAGGUGAACAAAAACCAGCCUACCUACCUCUUCUUUCUGACAUCCAUGGAUACUUCCAACACCAGGGAGUGGAAGUGUUUGUUGAAUGGAUGUUCAAGCAUCACUCUUUUGAAAAAGGUGAGGUUGUUCCAAAAGAUGUUGUACCAAUAUUUGAUCUUGUUCCUACCCUUGAUGAAGAAUCCACCAUCACAUAUGCUUUACCUCUCCGAGAAAAGCAUGUAUUCAUUGGGGCAAAAACAAACGCGCUGCAUGUUAUGAAAAUUGAAGCACAAAUGCCGGCUAUUCAACUUAUUGUACUCUCCGGAGUCACCAAGAAAAAUGGUAUACAUUACCAUCGUUUGACCGUAUGUGGUGACUUGCCUGCUCACCCAAAGCAACCCGUAUUCGAGGAAGGGUCAGUUGUGUUGUACUGGAAUGCAAAGGAUGUCCUUAGGCUAUCAUUCGUUGACAAUUUCCGCACUCUCUAUGACGCGUACAACCCGGUGUUGGUGAUAAUUAUAGAAGCUCGACCACGACACCUUCAAGUGUGGGAGUUAAUCUUGAAAUUGCCUGGCGCAUAUCAGUAUGAGACAACGGGUCAUGCCACUGUUGGAGGGAUUGUUCUGCUGUGGAACAAGUUUGCUACGCCAUUUUUCAGACCAAGGAGGUCAUGCUUGACUGGGGAUGUGCUCAACGUCGAAAUUGUGUCGGGUCCCGCAACUGAUCCAAAUCUUUGGUGCAACACAGUGAGUGAUAGCGAAGGUCGCCCCGAGGAUGAGAGUGAUGACGAUUACGAUUACAUUGGGGCAUGGUUAGUCAAUUCUGGCCUCGAUGAUGACCCUUCAAUCCAUGAUGAAGGUUGGUGCUAAAUGAAGACAAGGGCUGGUGUUGGAUCGAAGGAAUGUUAGGAUAACUAAAAAAUGUUAUCAUAGACAUUAACGUAUCUUGAACUUAUAGUUGUGUGUCUUGCUUGCUAAAACUUAAUGUUGUGUGUCUUGCUUGCUAAAACUUAAUGUUGUGUGUCCUCCUUGCUAAAACUGCUAAAACUUAAUGUUGUGUGUCUUGUUUGCUAAAACUAUUGUGUACUUCCUUUUGGAGAGUGUGUAAAGAAUUUUUUUUUAAAAUGGGGGUAAUUAAUUUUGACCAA